GAAAGAACAUACAGAAAGUGAUCCGUAGUACCAACAGCUUUGAAAACAAAGAAAGACAUCACUGCUGUUAAGGAUCAGGUUUUGUAACUAAAAACUGUCUGCAUCACUGAGAAGCUCAUGGACCUUCUACCUUUGUGCAGAUCACCCACCUAUCAUCUGCACCGAUUAUUCCAGCAGGUCCAUCCAGAUUUAAGGCAGCAUCUCCCCUCUCACCGCUCAGCACACUUAGCUGCACAAUGCGCCGGCUGACCUUUAAAGAGUAGAUCCACAUCCAGAAGGCGUGGCCUCCAUGACGUAGCAGGAAGAGGCUCCCACGUGUUUCAGCUUGAAUCCGGACAGUUUGUAGUGUCUGGACCCACACCUGUUACCUGUGUGACGCAGGUCCGAGGAUGAUGUCAUCAGCAGAGGAGCAGCUGUGUCUGAACAUCUGCACCAGUGUGCCUUCAUCACCAUCACUUCCCAGCAGCAGGAAAUGGCCAGGCCAGCAGAAAUGGGCCUCAAAGAAGAAGAAAGCCGAGAAGAAGACGUUCAGCUACCUAGAGGAGGUGGAGGGGAGGCGCUCCUUCAGACAGAGACCACAGUUUUCUCACACGGCUGAUGAAGAGGAGGUGGAGGCUGCAACUUAUCUUCAGGCCCGGCCCACUGAGCUGACCCACAGAUCACCACAGAAGAAGAAAAGGAAGGAGGAGAUGAAGGAAACAGGACAUAGCAGCAUCAAGACCUCCUCACUCUUCAAACACAAUCCAGAGAUCCCAGAUAUCCACAGACCAUCCGUCUCCCAAAUAAAGGAGAAGAUUUUCUCCUCUGACUCCUUCUCAGACCUCCACCUGCACCCUCACCUGGUGGCGACACUCAACAAAGUCUUGAAUGUCUCCAGACUGACCAGCGUUCAGAAACAGACCAUUCCAGCUCUUCUGUCCGGACGGGAUGCUGCGGUCCGGUCUCAGACAGGUUCAGGGAAGACUCUGUGUUAUGCCGUCCCACUGGUUCAAAGUCUUCAGUCCAUGGAGCCAAAGGUCAGCCGGUCCGACGGUCCACUUGCUCUUAUCGUCGUUCCAACCCGAGAGCUCGCUCUGCAAACCUUCCAGACCUUCCAGAAGCUUCUGAAGCCGUUCACCUGGAUCGUUCCGGGUGUUCUGAUGGGAGGAGAGAAGAGGAAAGCGGAGAAGGCCAGGAUCCGUAAAGGAAUCAACAUCUUGAUCUCUACCCCUGGACGUCUGGUGGAUCACAUCAAACACACCCUAAGCAUCGCCUUCAGCGCUGUGCGCUGGCUGGUUCUGGACGAGGCCGACAGGACCCUGGAUCUAGGCUUUGAGAAGGAUCUUACUGUGAUCUUAAAUAGUUUGAACUCCACAGGACCGACCCGGCAAAAUGUUCUGCUGUCUGCAACACUGACACAAGCUGUGAUUCGGUUAGCAGACGUCUGUUUAAAAGAUCCAGUUAGCAUAAGUGUUUCUGGCUCCGCCUCCUCUGACCUCACCACUGCCGAUAAUGUAAUGCCUGAGCCUGCCACAGCUAGCCAAUCAGAGAGCUUUGCCAUUCCGGAGGCUCUAAAGCAGGAUGUAACGGUGGUUCCCAGUAAGGUCCGACUGGUUUGCCUGGCUGCCUUCAUCCUGGAUAAAUGCAAGUUCUCUCACAACAAAGUCAUCGUGUUCAUCUCGAGCUGCGAGGCCGUUGAGUUUCUCCACUUACUCUUCAACUCCGUCCUCUCCAAGCACUCAGCCAACCAGGAGCUCAGCUUCCUGCGUCUCCAUGGCAACAUGAAACAGGAGGAACGUUCCCAGGUGUUUCAGGAGUUUUCAGGUUCCCAGUCCGGAGUCCUGCUGUGUACGGAUGUAGCAGCCAGAGGGUUGGACCUUCCUCAGGUCACCUGGAUCGUUCAGUAUACUCCUCCAACAUCAGCUGCUGAGUAUGUUCACCGAGUCGGCCGCACGGCUCGCAUAGGAGGAAAAGGAAACAGCCUCCUCUUCCUCACACCUGCUGAGACUCUCUUCAUCACUGAGCUGGCCAAUCAUAACAUCAGCGUAUCAGAGAUGAAGUUAGAGGACAUUCUUUCAUGUCUGAUGAAGGACGACACCUACAAGGGUCGGGGAAAGUACCACAGCCAGACUUCGUCCCAAGCUCUACAGCAGGACAUCCGAGAACGCGCCACCGUCCUUCAGACCGACCUGGAGAACUUUGUGCACUCCGACGCUCAGUCGCUGCAAGCUGCAAAGAAAGCGAUGCAGUCGUUCUUGCGGGCCUACACCACCUACCCCGCCUACCUCAAACACAUCUUCCACAUACGCCGACUCCACCUGGGACACACCGCCAAGAGCUUUGGCCUGAGAGAUGCCCCUCAGGGUCUGAGCUCUGCCCUGGUCCCCAGGGGCUCCAGGAACCAGGUCCGCAACCGGAGCCAGCACCAGGCCAAGAAAAGGCUAGGAAGUCCAAGGAAGAACCAAAACCCUGGGAGGAAAAGGUUCCAUCCUGGUCAAAGGGAGGCCAGUCUGCUUCGAUCAGAGUUCUCCAGUGGGUUGGAGGGAGAAGUUGCCAAGAAGAACAAGAAGAGGAAGGUCAUUCAACAGCUGGAGAUGGACUGAUGAUGAUUCUGAGCAGAAUGAGGUUUAACAAGCUGAGGAGUUUUCAGGUCACUGUUCCAGGCCCUGAGAGAAACCUAAUCCUGGAGCUGCUGCAGAAACAGAUUAAACUCUGGGAGAUGGAGCACGGUUUAUUUUGAGUGAAAAGCAGGAAGCAGGAAAUGAUCAGGACUGAUCUGUGAGAAGUUUCCAGUACCAUCUCAGUAGAACUAAACCACCUGAUUGAACUUAGAACUAAAGAUAAGAGUGUGACAUCCUGACACAGAAGAUCUUUGUUCAGACUCAGAGGAAUUUUAUUUUCAUAUUUUUAGCUGAUGAAUUACUUCCAUCUUCAUGUUUGUCUCAGUAAAAUAAAAUCAAAACCAGA